AAACCCGAUUGGCUGAUUCAUACGAGCAGGGGUUUGGACGGCAAGAUGCGUUAGAACUAGUGGUGCCUCCUCAUGUCCUGAAAGUGCACAUACAGAAACACAUUAAAAAUACAUGUACAAAUGUCUUAAAGAUUAGUGGCUGUAAAAAGUCGUUUAUUUUAAGUAUAAUCCAGGUGCUUUUGGGUUUCCUUCAGAGCGGAGGGAUAUUUGCGCCGUUUUAACGUGCGAUCUCAUAUCUUAUGUACUGGACUCAAGAAUGGAGGUUACUGAAGCCAUGGACAGCAGAACACCAUUGGCAGCCCUGUAUUUCUCUCAGAGGAACAGUGAAGCUGGAGAUGUGGAUUUCUCCAAACUUACUCCUUCACAGUUUGGCAUAUCAACAAACAGCUUCUUACCGUCCUCCAAGAUUAAAGAUAAAUCCAGAGUUGCUCAACUGAAGGCCAGGAGGAGAUCCACGAUUGGGGUCCGGGGAUCUCCAGAAACAAACUCUCUCAUCUGCUUCAGAGCCAAACAAGCUGCAAAAACUCCUCCACGAACACCUCAGCUUUUACAGGGGAGUCCAUUUCUUUCACGCUGUGACUCGCUGAAGAAGAAGAUGGCUGCUUUCCAGUGUCUGAUGGAGGAGGACGAAGAGAAGGAUGAACAGAAGAAAAAUGAGGAGAAUGAGAGUGAUAAAAGCACUUUGGCUGAAGAUUGUAAGAACGGAAAGGAGAACACGCUGACUACGCAUAGCCCACCCGCUUCGAUGACGCCUCCUCCGUCUAAGAAACGCUGCCGGGCCUCGCUGAGGGAGUGUGAGGACAAGAUUACUGAGACGCCACUCCCUCACCCCACCUUCACAACACAACAGGAGCAAGGGUUGAAAUGCUUUGAGUCUCAAAGCCAGAGGCCUCUUUCAGACUUGGAUUCGGAUGCAAAGAAUGAGCUUCUGUCUUUACCUAUGCUGUCAAAACCAGACAUUAAGCCAGCAGAUGAGAACAUCGUAUCUUCUGUACGCAAGAAGCGUGUUCGUUUCGGGGCUCCGCUCUCUCCGGAGUUCUUUGACAAAACUCUCCCUCCCAGUACCCCACUACAGAAAGGAGCCACCCCAAAGUGUCCUCCGUCAUCUACGGGCCCUAAACUCUCUCUGCUGAAGACCCCUCAACGCAAUGAUCCUCUUCCCCAGCCUGACUUUAGUAGUCCUCGAAGCAAUGGAGCCUCUCCUGUCCUGGUUAUCGACAGACACAAUGCUGGACUGGUGUAUAGUGAUGAAGUAUUUGAAGAGAUCGAGAAGAUCAGUUUUCCCAGUAUGGAGGACGAGUCUCCCUCAAACAAACUUUCUGAGGACUGCGAAGAUGCACUCUCUGCUGAGGACCCAGGGCAGCCCCAGGCUGAAGACGCUGAAGUUAUGAACGCUGCUUUUCAAGAGGAAGAGGAUGUACCAUUAAAUUCACUGACGGAGGAAAAACUACCACGUCCCACUGGUGAUCAGCCACUGGCUCUCUCCGCAGAAGAGGUUGAGUCUUCUGAACAGACACUUUCAUGUAACUCCAGCGUUGAACCAGCUCGCUCUCGCAGUAGGAAAAGAAAGCAACCAGGAGAGAAUGAGCCUGAGACGAGGAGAAGCUCGCGUACGGCAGCAGCUUCUGCUUCAGGAAAGAUGAAGAAACCGUCAGGAGUAAAAAGACGAUUUGGUAAUAAGGAGGUGGAUCGUUCUCUGUAUGGGAAAAGAGACUAUGCCUCAAAAAACCCUCUACUCAGCCCCAUAAUUGAGACGACGUCUGCCAGUCUCAACAGCACGCCCACACAGGCUCAAUCAGGAAAACAAAUAGAUGGAGAGCAAGACUGCAUUCAGACUCCCAGCGUUCCCCAUAGCAAGACAGUUCAUCCCAUGGUAAGUCUGGAUACUGCCUGUACACGGACCAAUGAAAACCAGCAGACGUUGAGCUCCAUCGUGGGCAUGACUUGCGCGGAAGCCUUAGUUGGCACUCAGGAUCCUGCAGAAAGAGGAAACUCGGCAUCAAAGGCUUUCAAAGUCAAACGUGAUUCAAGGAGGCCCGUACGCAAACGCCGUAGCUCAGGCGCAGCCAAAAGAAAAGAGCUUUGCAGUCCAGCUAUUAGCUCCAAUACUGACUCCAAAACUGGGGAACAAGAUACUGAGAGACAAAAGCCACCUGGAUGUGCCUCAAUGUCCCGAGGCAGUCCUGAUAGACCAGUGCAUCAUGAAACUGAGUGCUCUGAGAACCAAGAAAUUGAGGCUUUAAUAAGCUGCGUGGUGCCAAAUGGAGACUCCAUGAACAUUGAGAGCUUGGAGCAGAAGACGCCAAGUAAUAAAAAACACGGACGGGUCCAAAAGGCACUGAAAAGCCCUCGUGGAAAGCUUAAUGUUGUGGUGGAGGAGGUUGUUGAGAGCAGUCAGUCAGAGCGAGUUACUGAUGAGAGCAACACUGAGCCUAGUUUGGCCCCCUGGCAGCAGGCGGACUUCAACAUCGACGACAUCCUGAAACCUGUGGCAAAGAGUCGAGGUUCUGUGCGACGCAGCUUGAGGAACCGGAGGAGCGUGGACCUCCAGGCUGUGGGUCUGGCUUGGGUGGAUCACACUUCUCCGGAGCUGAGUAAAGCGAGCCGGAGGAAGACGCGGGGAAGACUCAGCGGAGUAUCUGAGCUUCUUCUCUCUCAAGCCUCUGAGGAACCAGCUCCAAACUUCACAGAGUAACUCGCCUCAAUCAUUUGUGUGUCAGUUAGCCGUUUAAUUACUGUCCAACGAACUUCUGAUAAAAUACCGCUCUGUUCCCUUAAGUAAUGUUUUAAAUUUCUUUUGUUUGUUUUUUUAUAGCAUUUUAGUGUUGAUGGAUGAAACCUGCUCUUAUAAGAAGAUUGUAUUAUUGUUAGAUUACUUCUACUCAUUAAAUCUUCUCUUGAGUGAAUGAAUUGAUGUUUGAAGAUGAUUUUACUGUGGUAAUCUUAUAUUAUUUUACAUAAAUGACAAUCCAAGUUUGCUUGGACAGUGGUUUUUGUUUUAUUAUUUUAAAUUUGCCUACUUCGCAAUUCAGUGGUACAAUACAAUAUUUGCAUCCAAACCUUGUUUUCAUUGCCGUUGUUUGUCAUUCACAGUGCUUCGGCAAGACAUUAUAGGGCCUGCUUUAAAUAUUUCAUGGAUGAUUAUCAUAUUUGAACCCAUCAAGAGGAAAAAAAUAUCUUUUGCAUAGAAAAGAUUUUUUGUGUCACUUAUUUUGACCGUCAUGCACGUUGUCUUGUUACCAUAAUGCAUCUAGUCAAAUUGUCAAUGUUUUAUUCUCAUUCAAUUCUCGUUAUCCUGAUUACUAAUAUACUGUAAUUGCUUGCAUUAAAACAGUAAUUAAUGCACAAAAAAACAAAACCGC